AGUGGAUGGAAAACUGUUUGCGGGUAUUUCAUACCGGUAUGCCUCAGUGCCACCUUGGACGUCGGGGCGGGAAGCGGGUUUGUUGUUUCGGUUCGCCUGCUUCGCCUAACUUUCCGAGAGCAAAUAAUUUUUAGAUAUAAUGUCAUUAGUUUCUUGUGAUGGCUUAAAUAUUAUAAAGUGAAUUUGUAGGUGCACACUUUGAUGAAGUUUGCAGUGUAAAUAAUAGUUUGCUUUGUGUGUAAAUUAAAUUUUAAGUCAACUUCUACAUUUAAAACUUAUAUUAAGUAAAAUAAGGAAUAGAAAAUAUUUUUAAAUAAGCUUAUAAGAAUAUGUUAUUUCAUUGAUAGAUACAAUUUCGUAUGUAAAAAUAUAUUCAAAAUGUAUGUUUAAUUGUUAAAUGACGCAACCAAAGAGUUUUAAUUAAUUCAAAUUAAAAAGUAUGCAGAAGUUGUUUUAAUAAAUAAUUUCUUCAACAUUGGAAAUGUUUAUGUAGUGCCAACAACAACAAAAAAACAAAAAACAAAAUGGAGUUCGAGCAUUCGGAAUUUAAAAUUUGAAAAUGUCAUCGGAAGUGUCAUUAGACGGACGGGAGAGGCCAAGUGUGAUCCGACGGGCGGCGGGUUUGUGCGCCCGCGCUGCUUGUUCACAAAUAGGACUUGUAAUAUUGGUUGUAAUAUAUGUUCUACUUGGUGCUGUGCUGUUUGAAUAUUUGGAGUCUGGACCUGAGGUGCAGAAAAGGUCAGCGAUACAGAGGUCGAGGGAGGAAUGCCUGAAGGAACUCUGGGCUAUUACAGAGCGACUCAACGUACUCUACGAGCGUAAUUGGACUCGCUUAGUACAUGAACAACUCCGAAAAUUCGAGACUUCAAUAGUAGCAGCUGCCAGACAGUCCACUGAAGCACAACCUCCCGAACUGGCUUUGAACUCCAAAUGGACUUUUUCAGGAUCUAUAAUAUAUUGCAUCACAUUGAUUACAACAAUAGGAUACGGCAACGUAUCUCCAAGGACUGCGGCUGGCAGAGCAGCGACAGUGGCAUAUGCAGCAGCUGGUGUCCCUUUGACACUGGCAUGUCUAGCUGGAUUGGGAGCAUCACUGGCCAAGCUCGCGAGAUUAGCGUGGCUGAGAGCAACGAAGAAAAAAAUUCCUAGCACUUGGAGAAAGGAUGGAGAGUUGGAGAACCACCUUCAGCUUCAUGAGCAACAGCGUCUGUUGCCACAACCAGCGGAGCACAAUCAGUACACGUCAUUCCCCCCUCGGUCCCACCGGUCUCCGGGGACGGUCAGAGCCAGGGCUGGUGAAAGAGGUCAAUAUUCGCAAGUAUUUGAGAAGGCGCCCACGAGUCCUAGAGCAGCGACGCUAGGUCGCAUCAAGCGCAGUGCCUUGGCUGAUGAGCCGCACACGUCAUCAGCAUUACAAACUCAGACGUUAGAUCGCAAGAAAACUAUAAGCAACAUGAAGUGCCUGGCCACAGUUCAUGGCUCAGGUAGAGGACGAGGACGAGGGACAAUUCAAAGACCAAGAGGGCCUAUUAUAGAGCAACUAAUCGCUGAGGAGUGCGGUGAGCUACCUAUGAACAGGAGUCAAGAAGAUCUGGAUGACUCGGAAGAUCCUGAUGAAGCAAUAUGUCCACACGACACGCCGUCACGAGUGCCUUUGAUUUGGAAUGAAGAUAAUCAUAAAAAUAAAAGUUGUGCUGUACCCACCAGCAGUGCUUCCACUAGCGUCCAGCAUCACAUGAACCACAGCGCCGAACAUUGUCACAUACCAGUUGGGAUUGUGUUAUUUCUGCUCCUAGGAUACAUCUGUGUCGGAGCAGCUAUCUUUUCCGCUUGGGAGAACUGGAGUUUCUUAGACGCUGCCUAUUUCUGUUUUAUAGCGUUAGCUACUAUAGGUUUUGGAGAUUUUGUGCCUACCAGCUUCUUAACCUCAAAGCCAAGUACAGAAACCUCAAAAAGUGAAUACAUUCAAAUGAUUGCGUGCUGUGCUUAUUUGGUUUUUGGACUAAUUUUAAUAGCUAUGUCAUUUAGUCUACUUCAAGAUGAGGUUGUUGCUCGGUGUUCACAGUUAGCCAAUAGUUUGGGAUUAUCACGACAAUGACAAUACGAGAAGAGCGAUUGUAGCUCCACAGAUAAUCAUCUGAGGAUGUUAUGAUCGUUAUUGUAAAGAAGUUUCGUUAGGGUCCAAGUAAUUAUUUUCUUAUUGGAUCCAUCGCCUGUAAUUUUCACUAUUGGAAUUGUAUUUCGUGUUACCAUUGUAUCAUACGAAAUUAUUUUCUCAUAUCAACUAAAUUAAUUUUGAUGGAGGAAAGUUUGAAAUUUUUACGGAAUUUGUACUCAAAAUUGUAAUGAAGUUUGUGAUGUAAAUAAUGUAUAAAAUCUAUUUAUAAAAGCAAGGCUGAAAUUGUAAUAAAAC